AUGGAGGGCAACCAAUCGUGGAUCACGGAAUUUAUCCUAGUGGGAUUCCAGCUCAGUGAAGACAUUGAAGUGCUCCUCUUUUGUGUCUUCUCCCUGUUAUAUAUCUUUAAUUUGCUGGCAAAUGGCAUGAUCUUGGGACUCAUUUGGCUAGACCUCAGACUGCACUCCCCCAUGUAUUUCUUCCUUUCUCAUCUGGCUAUCAUUGACAUAUGCUAUGCUUCCAGCAAUCUGCCCAAUAUGCUGGAAAACCUAGUGAAACACAAAAAAACGAUCUCCUUUGUCUCAUGCACUAUGCAGAUAGUUUUGUUUGUGACUUUUGCUGAUGCAGAGUGCCUGAUUUUGGUAGUGAUGGCCUACGACCGGUUUGUGGCGAUCUGCCAUCCUCUCCAGUACACCGUCAUCAUGAACUGGAGAGUGUGCGUGGUCCUGGUCAUUGCUACCUGGGCAUGUGGGUUUUCCUUGGCCCUAGUGCAUCUAAUUCUCUUCCUAAAGUUGACAUUCUGUGGGCCCCAGGAAGUGAACCACUUCUUCUGUGAAAUCCUCUCUGUCCUCAAAGUGGCCUGUGGUGACACUUGGAUCAAUGAAGUCUUAGUCUUUGCUGGUGGCGUGUUUGUCUUAGUUGGGCCCCUUUCUCUGAUGUUGGUCUCCUACAUGCGCAUCCUCUGGGCCAUCCUGAAGAUCCAAACAAAGGAAGGGCGCAGAAAAGCCUUUUCCACCUGCUCCUCCCACUUCUGUGUGGUUGGAUUCUACUUUGGCAUAGCCAUGAUGGUUUAUUUGGUUCCAGACAGUAGCCAACGUGAGGAGCAGCAGAAAAUCCUUACCCUGUUUUACACCCUCUUCAACCCAUUGCUGAACCCUCUCAUUUACAGUCUGAGAAAUGCUCAGAUGAAGGCUGCCUUCAACAAAGCAUUGCAAAAAAAGAGGACAAUAUAA